AGUGAUUGACCGAGCGCGGGGCUGCGGGCCGAGUCGGAUUCAGCAUGGGUGACGUGGAGAAGGGCAAGAAGAUCUUCGUGCAGAAGUGCGCCCAGUGCCACACGGUCGAGAAGGGGGGCAAGCACAAGACCGGCCCCAACCUCCACGGGCUCAUAGGCCGCAAGACCGGCCAGGCCCCGGGCUUCUCCUACACAGAUGCCAACAAAAACAAAGGUAUCGUCUGGGGAGAGGACACGCUGAUGGAGUACCUGGAGAACCCCAAGAAGUACAUCCCCGGAACCAAGAUGAUCUUCGCGGGUAUCAAGAAGAAGGGAGAGAGGGCAGACUUGAUAGCCUACCUGAAACAGGCCACCAAUGAGUGAUGGCUGCCUGCCGCCUUAUUUAUUAUGAAAAGGAGAGGUCUCCGGAGGAGAUUUCUUGUCUUUUUUACAUGUAUCAUAACAACCCUAUUUAAAUUGUUUUCAAACAGAGAAUUUUGAUCAUGAAUGGCUGUUUAAAAAUCUUGUUCAGCAGUCCUAAUAAAGGAAUGGUCAUGAUUACA